UUCCAAAUAUUCUGAAAGAAUUUGAAGCUGGACGAGCAAUUACAGUACAAUGACAGCAGUUCCUGUAUAUUUCGACAAGUAUAAAUUCGAAGCAACAUCAGUCGUUACAACUGGACAUGUUCCAGCGUUAUUAGUCAUGACUCCAAUUGUAGAAACGUUAAACUUGGGAUUUGGAUGGAGAAAAACCAUGCUGUUUGUAGCUAGUUUCUCGGCGUUUUCUGGCUUGGUAGGCUGUUUGAUGCGGGACAAGAACAUCGUGGAAAUGGAAAUUGAAGCGGAUGAGGACGAUAGACCAAUAAUGAGGUCAAAAUGCAGCUGCAGAAAGAUGGUUUCCUUUGCUGCUUUUAAGGUCAAAGCAUUUCUCUUGGCUACUUCAAUUGCUUUUAUUGUGGCAAUGGRCCAUCAGAUGCCAUUUGUUCAUUUGGCAAAGUUUUGUGAAGACAUCGGGAUAUCAAGUAACCUCUCAUCGUGGUUGUACUUCACUAUUGGAAUCUCAUCAACAGUAACACGACUCUUUGUAAGCAAGUUUGGUAAAAAAGGAUGCUUGACACUGCCAAAUAUUUCGCUACUGGGGAUUUUAAUCCUUGCUAUAGGAAAUUAUAUAUUGCCAUCAGUACCACAAUACCRAUGGCUGGUAUUGUACUGUAUUUUUUAUGGUAUCGGAGACGGAUUGUAUGCCAUCGCAAUCAUAAGCAUUUUUAUCGAAUGCCUUCCCGAUAAGAARAGGGGAGGCGGUUUUGGACUAUCCCARUUCUUUGGUGGCCUUGCGUAUGUAAUUGGUCCUAUCUUGUCAGGUUUCAUAGCCGAUAUCACUGGCUCGUACAACUAUGCAUUCUACACUGCUGGUACACUAGAAGCUCUGGGUGGAAUUCUUUGUUUACUUUUUCGAUGUUUUCAGAUUCCAAGUAGUUUUCGCGCAACACUUCACUCAAGCGACUUUGACGAUGAUUUCCGGGAAAUAACAGAAAGAGAAACGGUCUUGUAAACUUAUAACACUCUUAUUUUUUCUCUAUAAGGGAUAAAAAAUCAAGUGCAUAGAUUAGGCUGUAAUAUAGUGUAUUUCUUCGA